UUACUUACAGUAAAUAUAAACGUACAGUUUACAUAAAAGCACAUACUACUGACUUAAAAUUUAUCAAAUUCACAUGACAAAAGCUCCGCUUUUUCUCUUCUAUCUUACCCACUAAUUUUCAGGUCAAAAUGAAACGUUUCAUUGAUAUUGGAGCUAAUCUAACAGAUCCCAUGUUCUCGGGAAUAUAUAAUGGUAGUGUUAAACAUCAAAAAGAUCUUGAAAAUGUGUUGGAGCGAUGCUGGAAAGUAGGGAUGUCGAAGAUCAUCAUCACCGGAGGAAGUUUAUCAGACAGUAGAAAAGCCAUUGAAAUAUCGCAAAUGGACAACAGAUUAUUUGCCACUGUCGGAUGUCAUCCUACAAGAUGUUGCGAGUUUGAUGAACUUGAUCAAUCCAAUUAUUUCCAGCAUAUGAAAGAAUUGAUUGAGACCAACAGAAAUAAAGUAGUUGCAUUAGGAGAGUUUGGUCUGGAUUAUGAUAGAGUGCAGUUUUGUCCUAAGGAAAUCCAACAGAAAUAUUUUAAGCUGCAGUUAACUCUCACUGAAGAAUUCGAUUUACCAUUAUUUGUCCAUUGUCGAAAUGCUGCCAAUGACCUGUUAGAGAUCCUUAAAGAUUUCAAAUGCUCUGGAGUGGUUCAUUCAUUUGAUGGGACUAUAGAAGAAGCUAAAAAUUUUAUAGAUUUAGGUUACUCGAUUGGAAUAAAUGGUUGUUCCUUAAAAACUCUAGAUAACUUGAAUACUGUGGCAGAUUUACCUAUUGAUAAAAUUCUUUUAGAGAGUGAUUGCCCCUAUUGUGAAAUUCGCCCAACACAUGCAGGAUAUCAAUUUAUUUCAAAAGAGAAUAUUCUGCCUAGUGUUAAAAAAGAAAAAUGGAAUCCAGGUUGUUUAGUGAAAUCAAGAAAUGAACCUUGUAAUAUUUUGCAUGUUCUUGAUGUGCUUGCAUCAGUGAAAAAAAUCGAUUCGUUUAAAUUAUGUGAACAGAUAUUUGAGAAUACAAAUAAAUUAUUCUUCAAGUCUUAUCUUGUGAAUGCUAUUGUUCAAAUAAGUCGACCAACCAUUCCUUUCUAUUCACAUUCAAAAGAUUGUUAUAUGUAUAAUGGAAGAAGACAAGAAGAUAUAGCUAUAUCAGAGUUUGUCUCUGGCUAUAUCCUCUUGGAAGGAGAGCAAAAAUAUUUUCAAUAA